AUGUCGACAAUCACAAGAAGAAGAGUUGGAGGGUCAUCCAACCAAGAUGACUCAACUCAAGAACCAAAUGCAUCUACAAAUCCUCGCGAUUCUCCAGUGACAGAAAAGAAGAUUGCAUUUGACCCCCGAGAAGUCAACGAAUCAAAAUCAACACCAAAACUUACAUUGAUGGAAGAAGUUCUCUUACUUGGACUCAAAGACAAACAGGGCUACCUUUCAUUUUGGAACGAUAGCAUCAGUUAUGCAUUGAGAGGAUGCAUUGUGAUGGAACUUGCAUUCAGAGGAAGGAUAGCAAUGGUCAAGGAUCCCAACAGAAGAAAAUACCAACUAGCAGAUAGAUAUAUCGAAGUCAUUGAUGAUAAACUUACAGGAGAGGUUUUGCUCGACGAAGCUUUGAAAAUGAUGAAGACUAGCGAGAAGAUGAGUGUGGCAAGCUGGAUUGAUUUGAUGAGUGGUGAGACUUGGAAUGUGAUGAAGAUUGGUUAUCAAUUGAAACAAGUCAGAGAAAGAUUGGCCAAGGGAUUGGUAGACAAGGGCGUCCUACGAACAGAGAAACGCAACUUCCUGUUGUUCGAUAUGGCUACCCACCCGAUCACUGACACGGCAAUUAAGGAAGAGGUUAUCAAGCGUGUCUGUACGAUGCUAAUCACUCGUGUGACAGCCUCGUCGAUUGACGCCCAGUCAGAUAUUCCCCACUGUUACCUCCGAACGGUCAGUAUGAUCUGUGCGGCUUAUGCGGCCAAUGUGCUCGAGAAUGCCCUUCUCUACCUCCAACACGACUUGCGGGAACAGGCAUUCAACCGGGUAGAUGAAUUGAUGAACGAUUACUCUACAUGGCCGUUUGCCGGAGAAGGAGCCAAGAUGAAUAUUGGAGCCGGAAAAGAACUGUCGAUUGAAAUCAUUGCUGCCGUACUCAAUGUACUCACAAAGAUGGAUGCCAUUGUAAGUAUAGAUAUUCUUUUUUUUAAAAUAAUAAUAAUAAUAAUGAAUGAAUAA